AUGAAAAUGAAAGCAAGCCCGGUCCUGGCGGCGCUGUUCGCAGCGGCGAUCGGGUUCCUCGUCGGCAUUUCCUUUCCUGUGGACAUCGCACCAAAGCUUCAGUGUGGCAUCCUGCCUUGGAGCACCACGAACUACAGCUUCAGUCAAGGCAGCACGCUGGGCAGACUAUGGGGGGCGCCGUUCAGGAACAGCACCGGUGCCGCAAAUGCCACCGGUUCAGCACCGAUUGUACAGGUCGCGGCAACAAAAUUUGAAGGUGCGGAGAGGCGGCUGCCGCCGGGAAUCGUCGUCCCGGAGUCCGAUCUUCACCUGCGCCGGCUCUGGGGGUCCCCGAGAGAGGACAGCCCGACUGGCAAGUACCUCCUCGCGCUCGCGGUAGGGUAUGGUGAGAGAGAAAAUGUCAAUGCAACCGUCCACAAGUUCUCCGACAGCUUCGAUGUCGUGCUGUUCCACUACGAUGGCCGCACAACGGAGUGGGAUGAAGAGUUCGAGUGGUCCAAGAAGGUCACCCAUGUCAGCGCCAGGAAGCAGACCAAAUGGUGGUUCGCCAAGAGGUUCCUGCACCCGAGCGUGGUGGCGCCCUAUGACUACGUGUUCGUGUGGGACGAGGACCUCGGCAUCGACAACUUCACCGCGGAACCGUACCUUGACGUCGUGAGGAGGCACGGGCUGGAGAUCUCGCAGCCGGGGCUGGACGCGACCAAGGGGCCGGCGCCGAUGUACGACAUCACCGUCAGGAGAAACGGCAGCGAGAUGCACAAGUAAGCGCGCCGCCAUGAUGAUGCGUACUA